AUUUGAGACAGACCCGGAUCUAGCAGAAGGUUAUAGAAGGUAAAGGGAGCUGCGUGUGUGUUUGUAGUGAACGCUGGUAUAAGUGAACGCUGCACUGGCACACGGACAGUGCCAGGUUCUGCUGUUGCGGUUUUGUGACAGCGGGUUUAGACUUUUCUGCGCACGAAUUUAUGGAUUAAUCGCCUCAGAGUAUCUUUUCACACGGUCUCUGUAUCUUCACACAACAUGUUCUUCCAGGCAAUCAGCAGAAGUCGCCCUGCUUUGGCCUCUUUUGUCGGGCAGUGGCAGAGAUGUGCCCUGAACACAGCGAGCAGGAGGCAGCUGUGCAGUAAACCACAUGGAGCAGAAACUGGGGCAACACCUGCUCCACGUCCUGCAUUCAAAUUGCCAGGCUACCGGCCAUCAGAGAUGGACAAGAAGUUCCUGGUCUGGUCUGGACGUUUUAAAUCCAAGGAGCAGAUACCAGAGCUUGUGUCAUUUGAGACGAUCGAUGCGGCCAGGAACAAAAUUCGUGUUAAGGCCUGCUACGCCAUGAUCGUUGUGACCAUUGUAUGCUGCAUCGCCAUGAUCAUCUCGGGAAAACAGGCUGUUGGCCGCCAUGAGAGUCUGAGUUCCAUAAAUUUGGAGAAGAAAGCUCGUUUGAGAGAACAAGCACAGCGAGAGCGCGAGGAAGCCGUUCUUGCAGGAAAACCGCAGUGAGGGUCCUCAUAAUUGGAGCAUCAGACUCCCUUGGGAUUUUUGAGAUCCUAUCAAAAUGUGUCACUUUAGAGCACACAACAGUGUUUAUACUGUGUGCUGUUUCCUCACUGGCCCCAUAGUGGGUCUCUGCUAAUAUAGAAUUGUUACUCUGGCUGUUCAUCGGAAGUGUUGAGCAGCUGCUAGAAAUAUGAGCUUUUCCUUAGCUUGUGUGACUGUUUAUAUUCUGACGUAUUUGACUUUUUAAAUGUAUUAAAAGUAUCAUCCCAAAGAUUGGA